UUUCAUAACUCUAACACCCCUAAUUAAAGUUCCAAUCUUGGUUAGCGUUAAUAACCGACAAUCACAACAGAUAGAUCCAAAGAGAGACAAUCGAAGCAAGAGAAACGGACGAUGACGGACAGUUUGAUCCGAGCACUAGUUGAAGCGAUUCACUCCACUCCUACUCAGGCCGUCCUCUACUUCUCCGGCGGUGCUUCACAGGUCUUAGGGUGGUUGGCGGCAGUUCCUGGAGCGUCAAACACAGUUCUUGAAGUUAUUGUUCCUUAUUCUCGUAUGUCAAUGAUCCAAUUGCUUGGGAAGGUACCUGUUCAAUUCACUAGCAAGGAGACUGCUGAAGACAUGGCAUUAGUGGCUUAUAAUCGUGCUCUAAAGCUCUCCAAACCAGGUUCUCCUGUAGUAGGUGUGGGAUUUACUGGUUCUUUGGUUACCACACGUCCAAAACUUGGGGAUCACAGGUUUUACUUGUCAACACGAACUUCUAACAGGCUUUGGGCUUCUUCAGUAACUUUGUCAAAGGGUUUGAGAACCCGAGAUCAAGAAGAAAGAGUAUCAAGCCAAGUUUUACUCAAGGCGAUUGCAGAAGCUUGCAAGGUUCCAAAUUCAAUAACAUUUGAUUCAGAUUUGACUGAAGGUGAAGUUCCUGAUGUAAGUGAGUUGCAUUUUGAUGAAGAUCAGGAACUUGAACAAUUAAUACAAGGCAAAAUAUGCUUCAAAAUCUUCCCAUUUUUAAAUGGCACACAAGCUUCAAAUGGAGAUAGGAAAGUAAUUCUUUCUGGAUCUUUUAAUCCUCUACAUGAUGGACACGUUAAGCUCCUUGAAGUUGCAAUGAGCCUUUGUAGUGGGGGGUAUCCAUGCUUUGAAUUGUCAGCCAUAAAUGCAGACAAACCUCCAUUGACAGUUUCACAGAUUAAAGAUCGUGUUAAACAAUUUGAAAAAGCUGGAAAAACAGUGAUUAUUUCUAAUCAGCCGUAUUUCUAUAAGAAAGCAGAGCUGUUUCCUGGUAGUGCUUUUGUAAUUGGUGCUGAUACUGCAGCAAGGCUUAUAAAUCCAAAGUACUAUGGUGGCAGCUAUGAGAAUAUGAUAGAGACACUUGUCGGAUGCAAAAGAACAGGAUGUACUUUCCUUGUAGGAGGUCGAAAUAUGGAUGGUGUUUUUAAGGUUUUGGAAGAUUUUGACAUUCCAGAUGAGUUGAAAGACAUGUUUAUUUCGAUACCAGUUGAUAGGUUUCGAAUGGACAUUUCAUCAACCGAAAUAAGGAAAGGUCGAGAGGGGAAGUAAAAAAUAAUAUUAUAUAUUUGACUCACAUUGGGUUAUUAUUUUGAACUUGGUAUUUGUAAACUAAAUCAAUUUGGUGGAUUUUUGUUAACUUUUAGAUGUAUCAAAUGUCAAUUAGUGUCAGUUUUGGGCCUAAUCUUUUUUCUAUGGUAUAAGGUUGAAUUAGAAGACAAAUUUGAAAAACAAAAUGAGCAUUAUUUUUCGAAUACAACGAUACGGAAUAAGG